AUGCCGAUAGCUAGUAAUUCAAUGCGUUGCCGAAGGAAACAGCCGCGCUGGCGCAAGCACUAUUUGCAGGCUGGGUUGUUCUCUGAUUACUUUAAAGAGGAUGAGCCAUGCAAGCCGACAACAGCUGACACAAAUAACAAAAACAAACUGGCCUACGAUCCAGCCGAGCAUCUGCAUGGUCUGCUGCCACCUCCCUACCACUGUGGAAAAUUUCUACGCCAUCGUAAGAUCCCUUUCCAGUUGCCGUACGAUCUGUGGUGGCUGCACACACACUCACGCCUGCCUGGUCGGGACCUAGUACCUUCCUGGAACUAUCGGAAGAUCCGUUCAAACGUCUAUUAUGAUGUGAAACCAACAAUGUUGUACGAGCCCCAAGCUUGUGAGUGCAAGCCCGAAUCUGGCUGUGGUGACGACUGUAUUAACCGCAUGGUAUUUAGUGAGUGCUCGUCUCAGCUCUGCCCAUGUGGUGAACACUGCCAAAAUCAGCGUAUACAGAAGCAUAAUUGGUCACCUGGAUUGCAGCGCUUCAUGACUGAAUCCAAAGGCUGGGGCGUGCGCACCCACAAGUCCAUUAAAAUCGGUGACUUCAUAUUGGAGUAUGUAGGUGAAGUGGUGUCGGAACGUGAGUUUAAGACGCGCAUGGCCACCCGUUAUGCCAACGAUACGCACCAUUAUUGCCUACAUCUAGACGGUGGCCUUGUCAUCGACGGGCAUCGUAUGGGUGGUGAUGGUCGCUUUGUAAACCACUCAUGUGAACCCAAUUGCGAGAUGCAGAAAUGGAGCGUACACGGGUUGCCGCGUAUGGCUCUUUUUGCUCGAAGGGACAUCAAUGCAGGCGAGGAGCUUACCUAUGACUACAAUUUUGCGCUAUUCAAUCCGUCAGAGGGUCAAGAGUGCAGAUGCGGUAGCACAGAAUGUCGUGGCGUUAUAGGUGGUAAGAGCCAGCGAGUGAUAAGAUUGGCCUUAGUGGUGAACCAAUCAUCAUCAGUCUCACCGAUGCACGUAGGUGCCAUCGAUUCUACUACAAAAACCUUUACAAACACGCCAAACGAGCGUCGCGUUGGAAGGCCACGAAAGAAUGCACGCAAAAAUUUAAUCAACUCUGUAGAUUCUCACCAACAAACACAGCACAUACAACAAUCAGUACCCAUACUGUCGAAUCGUGGGAAAUCUGGAUUGUGCAAAAAACGCAGAUUAGGCCUUCGUAGCCAACUGUUGACAAUACCGCUUAUCAAGCCGCUCUCACAUCAGCAGCGCUGUUUCAUUUUACAACACCGUGUUUUUCUUAUACGCAACAUUGAUAAGAUACGACGGGGAAAACUAUCUGUGCAGCAAGUUAACACGCAGAGUAAGAAUACAGUUAAGUCUGGUUCCGGGAUUCAAGCAGUAAAGGAAAAAACUGCAGUUGACGGAAAAAAUAACGCUGAAGUUUUUUUAAACCAUCUUACAGCUUUGACCAACACUGGUACAAGAACCGUACGAACUAGAAGGCUGGCGCAGGCGCAAGAUGACCCAGAAGUUAACAAGACCGCCAAAUUAGCAAAGGUACUAAAGGAUCUUUACGCAGUGUUGACAAGUACAAAGGAUGAAAAUGAAGCUCUGCUAUGCUUAUCAUUUAUAAAUCUCCCACCUAAGCGAAAAUUUUCUGAGUAUUACGAAAAAGUUCAGAAUCCUAUCGAUCUCAUAACUAUUGAUCAAAAUAUAGAUAGUGGUCAAUAUAAAACUGCAGAACAGUUUGAUCAAGAUGUUAUCCGCAUGUUUGAAAAUAAUGUACGAUUCUUUGGCCGUACAUCCGAAAUUGGCAUUGCAGCUGCUCGACUACGCAAGGCUUAUCUCAGUCGCAAAGCUGACUUUGUCAUACCUAUCACUGAGGCUACUGGACUGCCACCGUCACAAUCAUUUUUACCUCCAAGAGGAUCUACAGCUGGCGAGGAAGAUGUCAUUCGAUGUAUAUGUGGACUACACCGAGACGAAGGUCUUAUGAUUCAGUGUGAACGCUGUCUAGUUUGGCAGCACUGUGAUUGCGUCAAAGCUGAUACGAGCGCUGACUCAUACCUCUGUGAGCAUUGUCAGCCACGGGAAGUUGAUUACGAAAUACCACUUGAAACUGAGGAAGAAGAAGAGGGCAAAAAGUAUUUUGUAACUUUGAUGCGAGGAGAACUUCAGUUGAGGACUGGUGACACGGUAUACGUUUUACGUGAUACGCCCGACAAGCACACAUAUAAAACCAUCGACAAAUUGGAUUAUGAACAAAUGGAUAUAUUCAGAAUCGAAAGGCUUUGGAAAAACAAAAGUGGAGAAAAAUUUGUGUUUGGGCAUCAUUAUCUGCGACCACAUGAAACGUAUCAUGAGCCAACACGUAAGUUCUAUGAAAAUGAAGUGGUAUGUGCUCCUCUUUAUGAAGCUGUACCUUGUGAACUAAUUGCGGGACGAUGUUGGGUUCUUGAUCCCCAUACCUUCUGCAAAGGGUUUAUUCCCUGGCUUGCUAUUGUAGCAAAAUCUGCUUUGGUACCACCAGGAGAUUUGGAGGAGAAGUCUACUUACAUCAGGGAGGGUGGUAACUGUGUACUUGAACAAGUUUUAGAAUUGGACAAAGGUAAAGAUAGUUGUAUAAAAGAUUUAAAGGUUAUGUCCAAAAUUAAAUCGGACUACUUACUUGUUGCUAUAAGAAUAGGAAAAGAAAAUAAUGGGUUAAAGGCUAAGGAAGAAAAUAAAAUAAACACGAAAAGGCAAAAGCUAAAGUGUUGCGGUUGUCAGCAUAUCAUGAUAGCAAGAGUGGGAUUGUUUCUGAUGGAGCACAACAGCACGGAAGGAGAAAAGAAGGUUUAA